CCGACACGUUUGCCUAUUCCCUUUUCCCACGCGCACCAAAAGCCCCAUGUUUUUUUAUUAACACAAUCAGUAUUAAUUGGGCUCUGCCCAACGAGCCAUAGAACGCUUUUGUUUUAAUUUAUUAGAGAGAACAAGAUUAUUUCAAAGCACGGUCACUAAAGAAACCCUGCACUGUCUUGCAUGCUUUAUGCUGAGUUCUUAACAUUGAAGAACUCUCUGCUCAAAAGGACUGCUGAGAGGAACCGGAAGUGCAGAUUGGAAAUCCUUAGAGAUUUCUUGUUCUCUGUGCAUAAUUGGAAGCUGGAAACGGAACGUUUGUUUCUGGGACACUGUUUCCUUUUCUCUCUCGUUCUAUGGCAGCGGAAGAAGAAUUCAUCGAUACCCACCCUGGGGUACAACGGCUAAAUGGUUCCCCCAUAUAUAUAGUUUUUUAAUGUUGGCAAGUGAAAGAGGCUUCACCAGCAUGACUGUGCUGUCCGAAAAGGACAGACCUAUUGUUCAGAAGUUACUGAAUUUUGGAGCAUGCCCACGCUGUAUUUUCAGGUUCUGCCGGAUGGGACUGCAGGCUUCGUACAGGCAACCCUAUAAGGAGUUGCUUAGUGAACUGUGUGAGUUUCUGGAGAGCAAUACAGGUGAGAACAAAUUACCUUGUGAAACAGUAAAUCCACCCUGUAAAAGAAUGAAGCUGGAGACGACCAAAGAGGUGGAGGAGCAGACCUCAAAUGGAAGCCAUCAGCUAACCAACGUGGACAGUGAUGAAAACGCUGCUGGUGGGGAUGAGAACUUAAGGCCAGCUGUGUGCAAUAUAUGCCUCGGGAUUCUGCAGGAGCUCUGCGAGAUGGAUUUUGUCAAAGCAGUGUGCCAUAAGAUUAAUUCUUCUGAAUAUCAGUUUUCCAGUUUUGUAUUUUCAGUGUCUUUCCCACCACAACUCUCUGUAAGGGAGCACGCAGCGUGGUUGCUAGUAAAGGAGGACAUGGAGAAACAGGAUGUUUUAGUGGAAAAGGAAGACCUUGUUCAGUUAAAGGAAGCAUACAAAUGGAUUGUUCACCCCCUGUUCUUGGAGGAGUUGGGAGUCCCUGCUGACGGAAAGAGCCUGUUUGAAGUGAGUGUGGUCUUCGCUCAUCCAGAAACAGAUGAGGACUGCCGUUUCCUAGCCUCAGCAUGUCCAAGUUGCUUCAGACCAGCAAAGAACAAGCAGUCUGUCUUCACCAGAAUGGCUGUGGUUAAGGCAUUGGAUAUGAUCAGUGAAGAAGAUUUUCAUAAAAACUUCCGAUGCCCUCCGAUUUCACCCAAGACUCCUUGCACAGCUGUUGACAUUCAGUGUACCAAUGGGGCCAUCUUUGUGGCUGGAAGAUAUAACAAAUAUUCAAGGACGUUGCCCCAAACUCCCUGGAUUAUAGAUGGAGAGAGGAAGAUGGAGUCUUCUGUGGAAGAACUGAUCUCGGAGCAUCUCAUCGCUGUCUUCAAAGCAGACAGUUUUAAUUUUUCAUCCUCUGGAAGAGAAGAUGUGGAUGUGAGGACCCUGGGCAAUGGAAGGCCCUUUGCGAUUGAGCUGGUGAAUCCUCGGAGAGUCCACUUGGCUGCAGCAGAAAUGAAGGAGCUUCAACAGACAAUCAACAACUCUUCAGACAAAGUCCAAGUUCGCGAUUUACAGCUGGUCACCAGAGAGGCCAUUGGGCACAUGAAAGAAGGGGAGGAAGGAAAAACCAAGACCUACAGUGCCUUGAUAUGGACAGAAAAAGUGAUCCGGAACGAAGAUGUUGCACUUCUAGACAACAUGAAGGAACUAAACCUUGAUCAAAAAACUCCACUGCGGGUCCUUCACCGGCGACCGCUAGCCGUUAGGGUUCGCACCAUCCACACAAUGCAGUCGGAGUACAUAGAUGAGCAUCAUUUCCGUCUCCAUCUGAAGACACAGGCGGGGACCUACAUUAAAGAGUUUGUGCAUGGAGAUUUUGGAAGAACCAAGCCCAAUAUUGGUUCCAUCUUGGGGACAACCGCUGACAUCUUGGAGCUGGAUGUAGAAUCAGUGGAUGUUGAUUGGCCUCCAGCUCUGGAUGAUUAAUGAACAAUUUUAAUUUUCAAGAUGGGGAAUAAGAACAGCAGUCUUGUCAGUGAAGGGUUACAGGGCUCUGUUUGUAAGCUGGCUGGCUUCCUCAAAUUUUUGUUAAUGUUUUUAGAUCAUGUUGAUCUGAUCAAGGUUUUUUAAAAAAAUAAAAACAAAAUAAAAAAAAUUGGCUUUAAAAA